UCAAGAAACUGUGUGAAAAUAAUUUCAUAAUUAUUUGAAAUUCCUUUAAUUCCCUAUAAUAAGAUAAUGUCUUGACGUUCCUGUGAUAAAUGUUUGUGGCUAUGCUCAUGAUUGGGCUGGGAAGGUUCAACAUUCCUCUGUGAUGCUGAGGGAAGGGCUGAGCUGAUUAUAAAGACCCCACCAAAGACUGAAGUUGUGAGCCAACUCUUCCAAUUAUCCAGUUGAAGUCCUAGCAGCCACAGAGAAAGUCAACAUGAGCCGCAGUCCAGAGAGGAUGUCCUCAUAUCGCCGUCAUUUCGAGUGUGCUCUGGCCAUGCCUGCUACCUUACAGAUCAGGGUGUCCAGUCCAUCUCCUACCAGAAGAGAGACACGUUACCGCUCUGCCAGCUACACCCGGAGUGGAGGGUCAGUUGGCCGCAGAGCCUUCCCUAGUAAGAGUCAGAUGACCAGCAGUGUGAGUCUGGGAGCGUUAUGCUUUGGUAUGUCCAUGGGGCUGGGGCCAAAACUGGACCUGGAUGCUGCUACAGCCGAGAACCAGGCCUUCAUGGUGACUCGAGGCAAUGAGAGACAGGAGAUGAUAGCACUCAACGACCGCCUGGCUGCUUAUAUUGAAAAGGUGCGAACACUGGAGUCACAAAAUAAGUUGCUGGAGGCUGAGAUUGAGGCCCUGAAAGGUCGCCAUGUUAAACCAUCUGGCCUCAGGCAGUUGUAUGAAUCCCAGCUUAGAGAACUCAACAGAGAGGCUGACCUGAUGAGAGUCCAGAGGGAUAGGUCCUUGGCAUCCAAAGAAGCAGUACUGGGCCAACUAGACCUGCUGAAGGCCAAAUAUGAUGAAGUUGUGGCUGCCAGGAAAAAGACAGAGGAGGACAUUGAGGCACUUCGCCCAGAUGUGGACACAGCCACUUCAGCCCGUAUCAGACUGGAGAAGCAGUUGGAGAAUUUGCACACUGAGCUGGCCUUUCUGCAGAGAGUUCACAAGGAAGAAAUCGAGGAGCUCAUGCAGCAGAUCUAUUCAAUAACUGCCAAGGUUGACAUGACCUUUGACCUCCCAGAUCUCUCCUCCGCAAUGAGACAAAUUCAGUCUCAGUAUGACAGCAUCGCGGCCAAGAACCUACAGGAAAUGGAUGCCUGGUACAGAACAAAGUUUCAGGACAUGAGUGAUGCCUCUGCCAGGCAUGUACAAAGUUUUCGAAGCCUGAGAGAGGAACUAGCAGGUUAUAAAAAAGAGCUUCUCAACAAAGAGCGAGAACUGGAGUCACUGAAGACUAGAAAUGAAUAUUUGGAGGCUCAGAUUCGUGACGCAGCCAAAAAAUACAAAAAGGAGGAGGAUGAUUUGGAGGAGCGCAUAGAAUCUAUUAAGCUUGAUCUGAAAGUAAUUAAGGAGAAGAUAGCUCUGCUGCUAAAGGAAUAUCAGGACCUACUUAAUGUUAAGAUGGCUCUAGAGAUUGAGAUCACCACGUACAGGAAGCUGAUUGAGGGUGAGGACAGCCGACUGAGUGACAUGGUUGGACACCUGUGCCUUACCGGAGGCCUGUCCAUCACUUCCAGUGGAAGCACACGUGUCGUGUCUGCUUCUGCAUCAGGUACAUCUGGAGACAGCACUGCAUCUCAACCAAUUCCAAAACUGAACAUUCCCCACAGUGACACCAGUCAAAGCACGGACGAUAAGGCGGCGGAGGUGGCGGUGUCCUCGCCAGACACCCAGACAGAGGGUGGUAUAGUGGAGCAGGCUACAGAGACGUCUGAGAGGAAGACACUUCUCAUCAGUUAAGACAAAUAAAGACACUUAUGAGAGCGACACACAGGAGCGCACCAUCAUCAUUUCCGGAGCAGCUGAUGAGACUGACGAAGAAUAACCAUUUUAUUUAACUAUCGAGAAAUAAAGCCCUUCUCCUAACCCAUUAAAAACAUGUCAAAUUCAGGUUGACUUCACAAGAAAACACAGUGUGUCCUAU